AUGACCCAGGAUGUCUAUCACUGCCGGCUGAUAAGCGACUGCUUCUCGAGUCGAUGUUGUUGCCCUUUUGAACCAAAUAUACCGCCACCAACAAUCAAUACGUACUCGACUUUCCCUCCUUCGAACACCGAGAAGGAUGUGCCUGGAUUAGGUGGUAGACGCGGCACUGCAGCAAAAAUGAGUGGCCGUGCUCCGCUUCUCGGUGUUGAGGCGUCCGGACUUAGCAAAGAUCGGCGCCGUUUUAUUAUUAUCUCCAUCUUUGACGCCACUCUCACUACGCUACUAUGGCUGCUUUGUACUGUAACCAAAGGUGAUGACUGGUCGAAAGUGUUCCUUCAAGAAAUCAACCUCUUUGAUGCACAUUUUAUGAGCAUAUCAUUGUUUGACAUAGUUUUAUGCGCACUUGUACGUAUGGUUGUGCUUCUUCUAUUCUAUGCUGUUUUUGUUGUUCGACAUUGGUUGCCAGUUGCCAUCACAACUUCACUUUCGACUGUGUAUAUGGUCAUUAAGAUUUUAUUUUUCUUUUCUCAUAAACAAGGUGGUUUACCACAAUAUUUGCUGGUAUUAGCUUCUUUUUCCAUUGCAUGGUUCGAACUCUGGCUAAUGCCUUUCAAAGUUUUGCCAGGGGAACGACGAUGCGAACAUAGUGAGUCGUUCCAUGAUGAUUUAUCCGUCUCAGUUCGUGGCAACUCACUCAGAGAAACACGUCAGAAUCACGCCGCAGCUUCACGAUAUAUCUCAGAGGAUGAGUUUCGGAGCGCUAUGGAGUUUUCCUCAGAAGAUGAAACAUUCCGUAACUUCGGGAAUGGUCCGCUUCGAUUGAGAGGCAGCCAUAUCUCUUCUGAAUUACGAGAAAAAUACGAGAAGGCUUUGAAAGACGCUUCCGAGAAGGUCGAUACUCAACUACGACAUGCACGAUUAGGAGAAUGGAAAGCGUUGAAACUGAAAGAUCCUAUGGUAUUACAAGCUCCUGAUUCGACGUACUUCAUCCGAGCGGAGUUUUCUUGCACCCCUCAAGUAUUGUUUGACGCAGCAUGGAAGGACGUUCUUCGGUGGAACACACAGUUGGUUGAAGCAAGGAUCAUUGCCACCCUUGACUCCGUCACUGAUUUGUACUACUCAAUGACCGCACCAGCACUAAAGGGUUACGUUGCUUCACGUGAUUUCUUCGAUGUACGUCGUAUACAUUUCGAUUCUACCAUACAAACCUACUCUGGUAUAUUUGUAUCCGUCGAAUCACCCGCAUGUCCUGUACAUGCGAACAAGAAAAUUAUCAGAGGCUCGAACGGUCCCAGUUGUAUACGUGCAGUCGGCGACGUGACAUCAGGACACUCCUACCUGGAAUGGAUUAUGCGAACAGAUUUAAAAGGUGGUCUACCGAAACGACUUAUUCAAUCCACAAUGCUAACUUAUUUUAUUGAACAUAUAACUCGUCUACGAGAAUAUAUUAAUAGGCAGUCUUUGACGAAUGUAUCUGUCUAA